UGCUUCCCAACUGAUAGCGACUACCAAAAUCGACUAAUAUGUCACGGAUAAAAAAUUUGACCCCGUUAAUACUGAACUUAUAAACUUUUUCUAUAUUUGUGUAAUCAACAGGCCCGGCCCAGGCCCUGUGCUGGUCAGACCCACAGCACAGGGCCUCUAAAAUCUGGGGCCUCAUAGUUAGGCCUAUUCGCUGCCUCCUUCCCUGCUUGCCCAUUAGGCCUAUAUUAAUGUUUUUGUUUGGGUUGACUCUUCCCCAAGCCCAUUAUUGUCCAUCCUUGAAAGCUGAAAAAUAUAUCCCAAAGCCCAUUACCGCCAACUAGCAGAACUAUUCAAAAAAAAAAAAAAACACUCAUUAAUGACAAUAUUUUCCCUCAUUGUCAAAAAUAAAAAUGAUAAUACGUUUCCCACGUUUCUCAACCUUCCAACAUAAAAUCCAACGUCUCUCCACCAAUCAAAUAAUCAAUAGUCAAUGCUCAUCCCUAAUAUAUUUCCCUCCAUUACGUUUUUGAGUUAAAUACGCAGCCAACCAAGCAAAGAGAGCCGCUCGCAGCAGUAUUGGUUUGGACAUUUGGGUAUAUUUUAUUCUAUCAAAUUUGAAUUAGGUAAACUAAAAAAUUUGAAUUAGGUAAUUGUAAGCGAAAAAAAACAGAGAACAUUUUUGGGGGAAAAUUUGAGGCCACAUUUUUUUAUUUUCGAACAGGGCCUUGGAAUAUUGUGGGCCGGCCCUGGUAAUCAAGGGAUUUUUCCAGAAAUAGCACCUUUUAAAAAAAAAAUUACAAAAAUAGCACCCAUGUAAAAAAAAUUCCACUAAUAGCACCCUUUUUAAUAGAACGCACCUUGUAGAUGCGUUUUACAUAUAAAUCGCACCCUACAAGUGCGUUUUAUAAGUAGAUCGCACCCUAAAAGUGCGUUCCAAAAAUCUGGAAUCAAAUCGCACCUUAGCCAAGCGAUUUUUGUUCUGACCUAGUAAAAUCGCAUGGCCAAAAUGCGAUUUAAGUCUGACCUACUAAAAUCGCAUGCCUGGGGUGCGAUCUGUUUCUGGCAGACAAAAUCGCACCAUGAGGAUGCGAUUUUAACAUGCAAACCGCACCUUAAAGGUGCGGUUUUGGUCAAUUAAUUUCCGACAUGCAUGCAGAAGUUACAGACGUGGGUGUGUAUGGGCCUGCAUGGCAGACGAAAAUCGCAUCGCUAAGGUGCGGUUUUCAUCAAGAUUUUGCCUAUAAAAGGCCUCCCGGACAACCAUUUCUCUUCACACCUCUCCUUCUCACUUCCCUGUUAAAUUUUCUGUUGUAGCUCUAUAUUUCUUUAGUAGUUUUGCGAUUAACGUUAACUCGUAAGUUGAUUUAGUAUUACAUAUUUCUUUAGUAGUUUUGCGAUUAACGUUAACUCGCAAGUUGAUGUAGCUCUAUAUUUCUUCAGUAGUUUUGCGAUUAACGUUAACUCGUAAGUUGAUUUAGUAUUACAUAUUUCUUUAGUAGUUUUGUGAUUAACGUUAACUCGUAAGUUGAUUUAGUAUUACUUUGUAUUGUUAAUUUUUAUUUUUGAUUUUUAUGAUAUUAACUUAACUACGGUUUUAUCGCAGAUGGCAUUCCAAAAGUUCACGCUUGGCUUACGGUGGAAUGGUUACACGGAAGAGACCGGAAAGGGUGCCACCUACGUAGGUGGCAAUUUUCAGAAGAUAAAGGUCGCUACCAGACCGCUGCUCAAAGACCUCCAUCAAAUGUGCACUAACGUUACUUGCAUGGAUGGCACGAGAAAAGUUGAUCGUAUGGUGUACCGAUAUCCAAACAGAGAAAGUGGGUCAUUGUGGCAUGAGGAAUAUCUCAUAACCACUCAGGAUGAGGUAGACGCCAUGCUCGAAUUCAUGAGGUCCAACAAUCUUUCCAAAGCCGAGAUGUUCGUUUACACCGAGCCGGUCGUAGGCGUUGGAGGUCAUUCUGGACACGGUCAAACAUCUGGUACCCAUGGUGGAGGUGAAUUAUAUGGCGAUCAUCCCUACCAAAGUUACCAUGAUCCUCAUUCAUAUUUUCAGUACCAAGAGCAAGGUGAAGGUCAUCAUCAAUCAUAUGAAGAAGAAGUUCAACCGGACCGGCCCAACCAACCUCAGUACAACUUCCUCUCUGGCAGCGGUAGUUUUCACAACUACCAUUAUGGAGCUGAUGAAGGUGCCUUUCAUGAGCUGGAUCAGAUGGAGGAUGAUCCUAAGCCAUCCACAACUAAGGAGAUUGCUUGCUUUUUGGAGAAGAACACUCCUCCGAUCAUGCCAAUGAGAUAGACCCGAGCAUAUCUCUCGAUCCUCCGGACUUUCCUCGGUUAGGGGAUGACUCUCGUAAUGCUCUCUAAAGUACCUCGUCAACCAAGUAAUUGACACUUGGUGUUUCCUCAUUGGUGGCAAGCGAUCGGUCGCAUCAACAUGCCCCUUCACCGGUACUUUUACUCCCAAAACACUAUAGAUGAAAUGAACCCAACCGGGCAUACCGUCGACAUCGUCGGGGGCAUGAUCACUAACGCACACGGGUUUGCCGUCGAUGGGGAGAUGGGUUAGGAUGGCGACAUCCUUUAGUGUGAUGGUGGCCUCUCCUUCUCUCAAGUUGAAGCAAUGGGUCUCCUUUCUCCAUCUCUCAACUAGGGCGGUGAUGAGUUGGCGAUCAACUUUGAUGCCGUUAAAAUGCCUAAUCGAGUCCAAUCGUGCCCUUUUGAGAAAGGGCAAGAUGGCUGGGUGGAAUGGGAGCACAUUGGUCGUACCCCUGUAGCGGAUUAUUGUUUGUGCCUCCUAGAGAAAAUUUACACGUUAAUUAUUAUAUAUUAGUAAGGGUUUAAUCCUUAUAACUAAAUUACUUAAAUUAAAUUAUUUAACUUCAAGCAGAAUUUUAUUAUCAUACUUUAGACAUUUCAUAUAAUUAACAUAAUAGCAUUAU